AUGCCGAAUUUCACGUUACGCUCGCUGUGGUGUCAGAAGCUGUUUCUUAUUGAGGAAGACAUUCAAUUGCUGGAAUCAAAUGUUCCUACACCGAGUCAACCAGGAUAUCAGAAUAUCCUGACGAGAAUGUUAAUUAUGCUACAAGCGUUAAAAUGGUCAAUCGAAGUGAAUAUCCAUGACGAUACUGAAGACACAGCACUAGAAUAUCAGAAUGAAUCCAUGAAAAGAAUAGAGAUGUUGAUGUCCGAAUCUUUUGCAGCAGACUUUUUCAAUCUUGACUUGAGAUUAUCACACUCGGCUAUAGAGUCCAAAGGACCGCAACCUCGGAAAUCGACAUCGGUUGGAGAAACCCGAAAUGGCAUGGGAUACGAGAUCAUUUCGGAUGUAUCAGAGUCAAAAUUGGAGAAGUGGAA